AUGGCUCGACGUAAUUUUUGCAGGAUAACGAUGCGUCAGUCCCCAGUAGUCUGCCGUCGACCAACAACAGAUUUAAACAGACGUCCAGAAAGUGCUACGAGAUUCACUGUGUUAGGGGCUGGUCUAUUAAUUGGGACAGCUCUGAUUGUCAUCAUUCCUGAAGGAAUUGAGUCUUUAUUCAGUGAAGUGGAUACUAUUAGACAAGGGGUGGGGCAACUGCAAACAAUAGGACUAGUAGUACAUGCUGCAGCGGAUGGUUUGGCACUUGGAGCAGCUGCUGGAUUAUCUAAGACCGAUGUGGAAGUUGUAAUCUUUUUAGCCAUAAUGUUUUACACAGGCACCUGCAGCGUUUGGUUUGUCUCUUUUCUCAUGCAUGAGGAUAUGACAAACAGACAGUCUCGAUAUCACCUGCUUUUAUUUUCACUGGCAGCACCAUUGGCAGCUUUUUUCUCUUAUUUUGGAUUAGUAAGAGUAAGUAUUAUGUACAUAACGCAAGUACCUAUUACAGGAAUCACUAUGUUAUUCUCAGCUGGUACAUUCUUGUAUGUUUCAACAGUUCAUGUAUUAAAUGAAGUCACUCACAUGUCCUCUUCAUCUGGUGGCAAUGGCUCCACCUCCAAACUGACAAACCAUCGGAAAUUGUUAUUGUUGUAA